AAGUGGGCGGCCAUAGUGGUGGUAGAAGCGUAGUAGCACAGGGGCAGAAGUACGGCAACGAGCCGCGUAUAAGUCGACAGUCUUCGCCACGAUAUCAGGCCGUUUCAGUAUUCGCUUUCGUUGCGGCUUCUGCUUACCCGCGCUCCAAAGCUCUUACUCGUAGAUCUCUCCCACGGGGUACUGUGUAUACAUACAGAACCAUACGACGUGAUUACUGCUCCGUGUAUAUGUGUUGUGUGCGCGCGAGAGAAGCAACGAAACACGACGCACGCACGUGUGACCGGUAAUAAGAGUGUGUGAGUCAAAGUGGACGGUUUGAUUGGGCGACGCGAACGCGUGCCGCUACGACCGUGUUUCUUCGUGAUUCCGCCGUGGCUGAGAGCGCGGUGUGCGCAGUGCGCUCCCCACCGCGUGCGCGCAGUGUGUAACCCCCGCGACCGCCAUCUUUGUCAAGUGGGUAACCUUUGUUGAUUUGUGUGAAAUGUGACGCCGUUGUCGCGAGAUAAUUGGUGAUCGUGAUUACACGCGAGACCUGUGUGUCGGUACCUGAGUGACUCGUGCUCUUACGUGUCUCGCCGUGGAUCUAUGCAUGGAACUACCGCGAUCAGGGUCAGCGUAAGAAACGCGUGGUAGUGAUUAACCCGCGCGAGGGAGGAGGAACGAGUCUCUACAAAGGUCCCAGCAGGCCGAAGCGAAGCAGGCGCAGGAUGUGAAUGACGUGGCCGUGACACGACCGACCCGGAGGCGCUCGAGCGUUGUCCACCGGGUGUGUAUACCCUGGCCAGGUACGUGGUAGUCGCCACCGCCGCCGCCGCCGCCCUCGUUGGCAGACGGCCGACGGAGACGAGAUGGACGAACCGGAGUCCGCGGAAACGUGGUCGACCUGGUUUCUGGACGCGAUCCGUAAGAUUCGCAGCCAGAAACAGAGGCCGAGCGUCGAACGGAUAUGCCACGCGAUUCGUCAGCAUCACAACUUCCACGAGGAGGAGAUCGCGGAGCAUCUAGAGGUCGCCGUGAAACGUGGUGAUGUGCUCAAGAUCUUCAAUAAAGGACAAUCCUCGUACAAGGAUCCUGGGGGCUUGCAGUCGAAGCCGCUCAAGGUCGGCAAAGCCUCCGAUCUCAGCAAGGUGCUCGGCAAGGCCGUCAGAGAACUCGGCGAGAGGGAAGGCUCGACCCUGAAAACCAUCGAGAAAUACAUCAGGCAGAGCCAUACGGUCGAAGAGGAGACCGAGGGAGACUUGAGGACGGCUCUAAGACUGUCCGCGAAAAGAGCGGCUGAUCGAGGUCUCGUGAUUCAGGAUGGCAGGCUCUUCCGGCAACCGGACAGGCCACCCUAUCUCAAGAAGCUUGGGGACAACGCUUACGUCCCACCACCGGACCCACCUAUCCCCAAGUUGCCAGCUCCUCUACCGAUAUGCAGAGAGUGUCUCGGCGCGACGAUAGCCGGGAACAACAACAACAACACGAAGCGUUCCGCCGCAGAGAAACUCAGCAGGUGUAGUGUGUGUGGCGCGGCGCUGCACAACUCAUGCGCACCGCCGGAACUCUCGAUCCUUGUGGACAGGGGCAUAACGUGGUCCUGCGACGAUUGCUCGCCAACAUGUGCUGGGUGUCAGUUGGAACGGGAAUCGCAGAACUAUCUGGUAAAGUGUGCCGGGUGCGUUAAGUGUUACCAUCCCACCUGCUUAGAUCCCGCGCUCGACAAAAAGAACAAAGCACCCUGGAGGUGUCGACACUGUCAAACGGCACAUACACCGGUGUCCAAGGAUGAUGGGAAAAAGAGUAAAACACAGGAGACAGGAUCCCUCGACGACACGCCGAUCAGUGCGAGGAAGAGACUUAGCAAGUUACGUGAAAAUAGAAAAUCGACGGUAUCCAGAAAGAGCUUGACGAUUGCAACUCCGGGCAAGAAAAGCGGAACAGGAGUGGCACAGGUGGACAGCAGCUCGGACGGUAAUGCGGGUGUUGUCUCCCCUCGUCAACCACCUUUAAUUUCCUCUCCUUUACCACAACCCCCCGCCCCACUCGCAGGCCAGGGUAGGCUACUCGAAGAAAAGAACGACCGGAUCUCCAAAGAGAAGCAAAAGUUCUUUAGGCUGAGCGCAUUUAACGCGGAGCACAAUAAGCUGAAGCGGGUGGGGGGCGGUGAUAAGUCUAAAUCCUCGCAGAACGUUAGUCCUAGGUUGACUCGGGGUAACGCGAACCAGAAGAAGUCGCUCGUACCCGGUAAAAGGGUUCCGUUAGUGUCUAGCAGCAGCAGUAGUAGCAGCAGUAGUGAUGCGACCGAUAGCGAUUCUUCUGACGCCAGUGACUCUAGCGACGAUGACGAAGACGACGAGGAGGAGGGUAACAGCUCCAGUGAGUCCAGUGACUCUUCCUCCUCGGAGGAUGGCCAGGAAGGACGCAUGCUCGAGUCUCCAAAACCAAGGGGUCCGUUUUCUUGCGAUCUCAGCGAGGAUAAGCCUUGGGGUUUCGCUGCGGCCGCUGCUAAGCUCAACGUAGAAUCGCCAUUUUUUAGUAACAUUAACAACACCUUUGGUGCUCCGUUACCCAAGCUCGACGUAGGCGGUUCGCCGACGUUCGGCUUGCACAUACAACCUGCUGCGAACACGGCGUUGGACAGCAAGAAGAAGCAAAAGAACGAGCGUGGUAGUAUCUCGACCGGUAGUUUCACCAACAUGGACAACAAAGUCAAACCUGGUACCGGCCAAUUGAAAGGCCUGUUUGACGGUUUAAGCCAUUUUUUUUCAGUACCUACCAAUAGCAGAGCGAGAUCCGGCGCGCCAGCGCCUAACUAUGCUCCGGACAGAAGAAAACGGCCUAACGCGGAUGACACAUGUAAAUCGAGCAAACCGAGUAAGGUUUCGAAAGUUGUACAGAGCAACAAAAGGGAUGACUCGCCCGUUGCGGGAAAAUCGAAAGAAAGGAAAAAAACAGAGUCAUUAGACGAUGUACCGAGAGUACCUAGGCCUGGAAUAUUCACGCCUUCCGAUGAAAAUCUAUUCUUUGGCUCGUUGAACGAGAAACUACCAAAAAUGACACCGUCGAAUUUGGUUAAAACCGCAGUGAACAGUAAAAGACACGAACAUGAGAGGAGAAAACUAAUGAAAGACAACACGUCGUUGGUGAAAUGCGCCGCGACGGAUGCGUUGUCGCCGUCGUCUUCGAGGCACGAUCAUUAUUCGCGAAAGAGAAACACGAUCACGGAAGCGAAUCAGACACGCCACCCUGUGCCCGCUGUUUCGAAGUCCGGCCUGUGUUCCGAUUCCGUAAAAUCAAAUCCUAGCCUAAAGUCCAAUCCACGAGCCUGUACUAGCGCCACCACCACCAACACCACCACGACACCCCGCGCGACACCCUGCUCCACCAGGAAGGAGGAACCAAUAUUGCCUCAGACUUUGCCACCGGGUGUCACGCAAAAGGACGUCGAUCUGUUUAAGGAUGCUCGCGAUAAAGCGGCACGAUUAACCGUUACUAAUGGAGAUGAUGAGGAGGCCGCAUCCGCGAGUCCUGGGAUCAGUGUCUCUGGUAGUGGUGGGACACGGAAUCCUGCGGCCAUAGUCUUCGGUCGAUACGAAGUAGAAACGUGGUAUUCCAGUCCGUUCCCCCAGGAGUACGCAAGAUUGCCAAAACUGUUCUUCUGUGAAUUUUGUCUGAAGUACACGAAGAGUCGGGCAGUGCUCGAUAGGCACAUGGACAAGUGCCAGUGGAGGCAUCCACCGGCCACUGAAAUAUAUAGAUGUAACGGACUGUCUGUUUUCGAGAUCGAUGGUAAUGUGAACAAGAUUUACUGUCAAAAUUUAUGUCUACUAGCGAAAUUGUUUUUGGAUCAUAAGACUUUGUACUAUGACGUGGAGCCGUUUUUAUUUUAUGCGGUGACGAAGAACGACAAAUACGGUUGCCAUUUGGUCGGUUAUUUUAGCAAAGAAAAGCAUUGUCCUGCACAGAGAUACAACGUGUCGUGUAUCAUGACUCUACCGCAAUAUCAAAGGCAAGGGUUUGGAAGGUUUCUCAUCGAAUUUAGUUACCUUUUGUCCAAGGUCGAAGGAAUUCCCGGUACACCGGAAAAACCUCUCUCUGAUCUUGGUCGUGUAUCGUAUCACUCAUUUUGGAAAAGCGUCGUGCUCGAAUAUCUUGAUGCUCAUAGAGACUUCACGGAAAUUAAAUUGGGAGAUAUAACGAAGGAGACUGGCGUGUCGGCUCAUGAUAUUGCGACUGCUAUGCAGUUGUUGGGAUUUAUCAGAUCGGUCCAUUUACCCGGUGAAGGGAACUCUAAAGUGGCUGUGGUAGUCGAUUGGAGUAAGGUAGAUGCUCAUAUGGCGAAAGUGCGAAAGAGUUCUCGUAUUAAAUUGGAUCCCGAUUGUCUCAGAUGGAUUCCGCUACUCACACAAAUUCCUAAUCCGUAUCAAAGUCCGGAGGAAAGUGGCGAUACCAGUUCCGAGUCUUCUCCUGUAACGGAACCUAAGCAAGUACCUACGAUCGUUGAAAAGAUUCAGAAAGUAAAGAUCAAGAAGAAGCCUAGAGGAAGAAGAUUGGCACAGAGGAAGUCGUCGCCGUUGAAACAGAAAAAUUCACAGAAAUCUGAUGUACACAAGGACGUUUCUAACGAGGUAAAAGAUGCAAAGGAAACGAAAGAGUCGAAAACGUCGAAAGAAAUUAAAGAAAUGAAAGAAACUAAAGAAAUGAAAGAGGCGAAAGAAACGAAGGAGGCGAAAGAGGCGAAAGAUGCGAAAGAGGCAAAGGAAACCAAGGAGUCUGAGAAGGAGAUUCUGACUGCUGAUAUUUCUGACUCUCCCAAGGAGCCAAUGGAAGUCGAAGUGAAGAAUGUUCCGACGACACCGAGGAAUUCUCGGUCCGUGACCACGUCGAAAAAUACGAAUUCAGCGAAAGCGACGCCUGUGUCAGCCGUGUCAACGAUUUCGAGACGAAGGAUCAGAACACCGAAAAUUCCUUUCACCGAGUCGGUAGUAACUCCUUUACGAAAACGAAAACAUUCCGAAAAGACUGAAGUUGAGGAAAAGGAAGAGAAAGUGGAAGUUAGCUCGAGGAAAAGAACUCGCGAAUCGUUGAGGGAGAAGGAGAAAGAAAAAGAUAAGGAGAAGCCGAAAGAAAAAGAGAAAACGAAGGAAAAAGAGAAGACGAAGGAUAAAGAUUCUUCGAAAGACAAGGACAACUCGACGGAAGUGGAAAAGAAAACGUCACCUAAAGUAACGUCAACACCGUCGACAACCGUACAUAAACCAGCGAAAAAGCAGUGUAAAGUGGAUGACAUCUUACUGAAGGUAACCAGUCGACAAACCAAGUAUUUGCAGGCGAAACAAGCGAAAGAAAAGAAAAUGGCGGAAGACGGUCAAUGUAAUGGAAAAGAUGAAACGAAGGACAUGAAGACUUCACCGAUGUCGAGGAGAGGAAGAGCGAAAGCCGAGAAGGAAGCUUUGAAAAUGCCUCAGUUAAAACCGGAAAGUCCUACGAAAGGCAGUAAAACAGAAAAUCCUGUGAUACCUCCUCCUUCCUUGUCACCACCACCACCUGAUACGGAGAAGGCUGAUUCUUCCGACCUUAAACAGUCGCCUGUUCCGGAAUUACCUUCUGUUUCUAAAGAGAACAAUACCGAAAUGAAUAAAAGCGAUAGCGUGGAAGAAAGUGUUGUUCCAACCGUUCCACCGGAAACGGAAACGGCGUCCGCGAGUCCAGGCGAAUAUGAAGGUGGAGAUGAAGACGAAGGGGAGGAAGAAGUACCUGCACCGAGACCGAAAUCCGUGGCACAGUGUUCGAGCAACGCAGAAAACAAUUCAACCGAGCAAACUGAGAAUACGACGGAGGAUGACACGCAAGAGAAGGAACCAGAAGCAGAAGCCGACAAACCCCUUUCACAGAAGGUGGAGUCGGAACCGCAAAUCAUGGAGGAACAGAACGAAGUUCCAAAGGAAUGUGAUAAAGACUCAGAGACUGAAAAAGUGAUUUGUAACCCGGAAACAUUGAAAUUGGUACCUGAAAUUUCUUCACCUAAGGAAGAAGAAAGCGAAAAGUUAGAAGCCAUUACUCAGGAUAAAGAUAGUUCUAAGGAAGAGACGAUUUCCGAGAGGUUAUCGCUCAAGGAUUCGAAGGAGGAGAUGACACAGCCAAAGAUAGAAGCUUCUCCCGCGACCCCCACGGAAAAGAAAGAAUUGUCUAUCGUUUCGAAUAUUGCAUCGCCCGAAACCGAACCACUUACGCCGCAAGAAAAAGCAGUUUCUAUUAUAGAACAGCAGGAAACCAUACAUCUUCAGACUCAGCCGGAAGAGAUGAAGCAAAACUCGCCCGAGAGCGGCAAGACAACACCUCAUUUGGACAAUCCCGGUUCGGUGAAACGGACACCGCCUUCGCAACCAGACUUACCUUCCAUGGGAGUUUAUACGCCUGAUUCCACCACGAAUUCGGUGCACUCGUUGCAUUACAGUCAAUGUGACUUGGACGUCAGUCAAUUGGGACUGGAGUCUCCUACCUCGAUAGCCAGCGAUCUCGCAUCCCAAAACAGCGUCGAGAGGCCACCUAGUGCUCUGCCGUCGAUGCCAUCUACGGUUACCGUUCCGAUUUCUGUUUCUAUGCAGAUACCGACACCAUCUACUUCCGUGGCUGUAAAUAUAUCACCGCAAGUUCAGUACACUGAUUGUUCUAUGCCUCAGCAUACUCCACCGGCGCACGUCAGUAUUCAUCCGAUGCAUCAACCUCAUACGCCGCAACCUCUUCAACAGCCCAGGACACCGCAGUCGCACACCCCUCAGAGUAUACCGACGCAGAGUCCUCAGCCUCUUCCUCAGAGCCAUACGCCGCAGCCGUUGCCUCAAUCCCACACACCGCAGCCUCUACCGCAAUCUCAUACACCGCAAAGUAUACCGACACAAAGUCCGCAACCUUUGCCUCAGUCUCACACACCGCAACCGAUACAAUUGUCUCUGGCCCAACAAACGCAAAGCCAAAGUAUGACACAUAGUCAGUCUCAACCACAGCAGCAACAGUCUCAGCAGCAGCAGUCUACACAUCCGCAACAACAACAGCAACAACAAUCGCAAACGCAAUCUCAUAGUAAUAAGAGAGCCAGCGGUUCGCAGACCACUCACAGAUCGAGGUCAGCCCAGCAGAGCAGUAGAUCUCAUCGAACUACGCCGCCUACGCCGCACACUCAAACCUCUUCUCAACACACGACUUCUCACACGAGUCACACAACAGUGGCACAUACAUCACACGUGCCACCGCAGUAUCAACAGUCUUCGUCAAUGAGCGUACCGCCCGUACCACAUCCGCAUUCUCAUACGCACGCUGCUCAUUCGCACAACAUGGCCGUUAUCUCACAAGGGAACUACAUGGCCGUUGCCUCGCAGACUUUUCCCACGCAAAAUACAUAUGUGAUUCAGCAUCGAAGCAGCAGAUCAGGUGCACCAACGCCCUGCACUACGGCAACGAAUUUUUACAUUCAGACAAGUGCGAUGCCCCCGCAUUCGCACACACCUGCUUCUUCCUUGUCGGCCUCUGGAAACCACCAAACAACCAACUCUUGCAGUCUAGCAAAAUUGCAACAAUUGACAAACGGCUUAGAGAUGAUACCGCCUACCCCGCCGCCAGCGAUGAACCUGACGCCGCCACCUCCUAUUCCCCACACCAUGACGCCACCGCAAACGUCGAGACAAUUACCAACUCCGCCUCAAGUACCUCUCGGUUACGCAAAAAAUUACUACAACGUUAAUACGGUACCACCACCUGGUACACCUGGACCACCCAGUAGGUCGACUUCGAGGUCAUCAGCAAACGCGAACAUGGCAUCUCUUACUCAACCGUAUCCAAGUGAGAGUCUGUAUAGACAAACUCUCGAUCCUGGAAGUACCUGUCCACAGAUGCAAAGUGCUGCUAGCAGAGUCAGUCCUAACGUGGCGUUAAAUACGAAUCUCAUGGCCCAGUACGGCUACCGGGUAGCACAGCCCGCCACCGGUUACAUGAAUCAAGCUGCGCAACUUGGUGGCUUCAUGAACCAAGCCAGCCAAAUCCCGGUGGGAGUGGUGAAUGUACCUACGUAUCCUCAGGAUCCUCAUCAGCAGAAUCCAGCGGCGGUGUACACAACUUAUCACGGUUACAUUAACGGAGGCCUUAUGCAGCCCCUGAACAGUUCAAUGAGGCCACGCUAGCCCCAUUGAUCUCAACGCACAGUCUCUUCUUACCCACAGCGACGAAUUCACGUAAGAAGUACAGACAUUCUUCGUGGUUCAUCGAUUUAGCAACGAUCACACUUUGUUGGACAAGUUAACGCUCUCUUCGAUACGAUCUCCAGCAACGCAGAGUAGCUCCGAGAGUAGCUACCACUGUUAUAGUCGCGACAAAAUCAAUUAGCCGUUGAAGGCUAUUGACAGAAGCUAUCUACAUUAUGUACAGUUUUGCUACAUCGCUGCUCUGUCUCUCCUUUCUUCACCAAAAUCUGCAGGCACACGGUUCUUGAUUUUGUUCCGACCAUAGGACUCGUUACUCCCUUGCAUUCGCUUCCACGCUCGUCCAUCUUUCAAAGUGCUGUAAUAGACUUUCUGAUCUUUCUAUCUAAACAAUUCGCAUAUCAUUUAUUAGGUACAUUACCACCAUCGAGUUUAGAGCACGUUUUCUCUGUCUCGCACACUCUGUCGAAACGUAUUUACGCAUUCUUUUUAGCGUUAGUUAUUUACGAGAUUUUAUGCACUCUCUCCAAACCACACGCGAUCGAUGGAUGCGCUUGUGUUUUAUGAACUGAAGAGUUCGUAUUAAAAGGAUUUUUAACUUGUCACUAUAUGUAUAUGUAUGAAAUACAAUCGCGGUAUCGAAUAGUAAAUUGCGAAGCAUGGGUUCGUAACUUGUGCAUUUAUAAAAUGAUUAACUAUUAUGUACCUUGAGCGUUGAUCUGUCGAUCAAUCGAGGUGAGAAGAUAUAUAUAAUACAUAUAUACACUUUCGCCUCCUACUUUUGAAUUUACGAUCGACAAAGCGAAUACCUAUUUUUUAGUAGGGCAUUCCCUCCUGAAAUCGCAACAGUGUUACGUUUUGUGUAUAAUAGUAUAUAUAUUAUAUAUAUACUUAGAAAGAAUAUUCUGUUUGAUAUUAUCGAUUGUUGAACGUUGUUGUUUACGUUUUCUUCGAGGCACGCUGUACUUUACUGUAUCAUAAAAUACUUACUGCUACGAUCAGUCGAAUUGUAUUAUUGCGAAUUAAUUAUUAUGAUCGUCAAAUCGGGAUCAGCGUCAACGCAUUCGUUGUCCAAACACCGUUAUUCAUCAUUUAUCAUCACAUCGACACCGCGUUUCUCGUUAUCGCCACCACCCAUCCAUCCUUUAACGCGAUAUUACCGUUAUCGUGAUCAUUCUUAUUAUUUCUAUAAUUACUAUUAUCAUUAUUAAUAUUAUUAUUUCUAUAAUUAUUAAUAUUAUAAUUACUAUUAUUAUCACACCAUACCCAACUCCGAUAUACAGUUAGUUUACUUGGUUUAAAUGCCAUGUUACAUGCACACAGAGACACAGGCAGAUACCCAUACAUACGAGCAUUUGUUUGUUACUCCUUAUUGUAUGUAAUGUUUUUAUUAUAUAUAGUACUUUGAACGAGAAGCACACACACACACGCGUUUGCGCGCAUACACACACCACACACUCUAGUUUCAAGAAGGGUUAUGACUGCGUAACAUAGAGCUCUUCCACGGAGCGUCGCAAAAAUUUAUGCUAAAAUUAUUUUUUGUAUCGAAUCGUAAAGAGAAAAGCGAGGUCUCGUGCGCUUCCCUUCGACCUGUCUGUGGGGAAAUUUAUAAAAAUGGUGCUCAUUCGUGUACUUUGAAUUGUAAUUUCCCUCCCUCGCGUCGGCGACGCUUCGCGGAACGGUCGCAAACGAAAUAAUAAUAAUAUAUUUAUGGUACGUUACGAAUUCAAUUUUUUCAGAGACGAGACACGACGACAAGAAUUUGUGCGAGAGGCAGAAAUUUGCUGCCUGGUUUUUAGCGUAACUCUUUAAACGGAUAAGAAAGGUCAUUAAUAGUGUAAA